AUGCAGAGUAAAGAUGCUUACCGAUUGUACGGUCUCUUUCCAAAGAAUGAUAACAGCAGCUCGUCAAACGUGGCCCGCAUUGCGUUCUGUGAUCAGGUCAGCUUUGCACCACGUGAAUCCCGCGUGACAACCAAUAAGAAAGAGGUAUUCUCGGUCUUCAAACGUUAUCAAGAGAAACUCAAUCUUGAUGUAGAGGCGACAGGUGGUUACGAUGUAGCAUCGUGGAAUGUCGCCUUCACUAUGAGUUCAAGGUUUGAGCAGACGAAAAAGGAAACUGAGAAAUACCACAAUGUAUUUUAUGAAGAGAGGAAUGUGUGCAAUCGAGGUCGUGCACGAUAUCAGCUGGACUUGGCUCCCAUUGAGAAAUUUCCAGUGUCAGAUGACUUCGCAACUGCUGUAUGUGUUUUACCGCAAAACUAUGACGAGAAAGUUUACUUCAACUUCAUUGAAAGAUGGGGAACAGUGAGUGUUUACGAUGCAGCAUUGUGGAAUGUCGCCUUCACUAUGAGUUCAAGGCUUGAGCAGAGGAAAAAGGAAACUGAGAAAUACCACAAUGUAUUUUAUGAAGAGAAGAAUGUGUGCAAUCGAGGUCGUGCACGAUAUCAGCUGGACUUGGCUCCCAUUGAGAAUUUUCCAGUGUCAGAUGACUUCGCAGCUGCUGUAGGUGUUUUACCGCAAAACUAUGACGAGAAAGUUUACUUCAACUUCAUUGAGAGAUGGGGAACAAUUGAGAACUCGCUAUCUGUAUCCGGAGGUUACAUGGGAUACAAGGCCUCUUUGAAAGUUGACAUGAAAAAGUUCCGCGAAUCCAUGUCGGAGAACACCAAAUUUGGGGGGCACAAGGUGGUAUUCACAUCUGGAGGACCCGACAUGCCUGAGCCCAUUGGACUGAAACUGGUGCCAAUUUACGAGGCCUUUGAUGUCAACUUCUACACUGUAACGGACGGACAGCAUUCUGCACGAUGUGUUCAUUUUGAGUCACUGGUCGGGACUAGAAAGGCGCAUGUCAAGAAAGCCCUACAUGAGUAUCCCCGCCUGAAGAAAGCUUUAGUACCAGUAGAUAAGAUAACAGUAUCAAGAGCAAAAUCAUUAUGCGAAAGGCAGCUAUUCUAGUAUCGAAUGGAGCAUUAAGUUGACUCUCUAAUUGGUGUGGAGCUAUUUACUUUUAAAAGUUUAGAUCAACUAGCGCCGGGUUCAUCAAUACAUAUGGCCAAUUUGUCUUUUUAAAAGCAUUGCACAAAAUAAUUCUCUAAGUUAGGUAGAAAGUUGUUUCACGUUCUAGUCAAUUUUUUUUGUGACAAUUCUACGCUUGAUAUUUAUCCCGCAUGAGCUCACAGAGAAAUGGUGCAUUUAUGCAUCUGGAGAGCAUCUGGUGCAUCUGGAGAGUUGAAAACCAAAAUGAACAAGAUCAUGCACACGAACAAGUACCCAAGUUUGAAGUAGCUUGUUAAGUCGG